AUGAAACCGCCAAAAGCAGAGGAGCCCAAAGAGCCCAAAGAGCCCAAAGAGCCCAAAGAGCCCAAAGAGCCCAAGCCAUUGCCCAAAGAUGCAAAGCAGAAAAAAACCAAAGAAGCCAAACAGGACAAAAAACUCAAGAGAGAAAUUGUGACCCAGGUCAAGGAAAGAGAAGCGCCAAGAGAAGCACCAGAGGCUGCACCCAAAGAUGCAAAGAAAAAACUGAAGGAACCCAACGACCCGAAGACUUCUGAUGAGAAAGAAGACGCGAAGGACAGUGGCAUGCAUACUGCAUGGGGCAGGAAGGGAAAGGAACCAUUGCAAAGCGUUUUAAGGGACCCCACAAUGACAGCUCUUGAUGGUGGUAAGGCAGCCAAGCUCGAAGCACGAACACUGCUGGAUGCACCCAAGAUCCCCGAUGGCAAGAUCGAGCAAAAGUGGGCUAAGAAAGGACCACGGUGGCAUAUGGUGUCCUCUGAGUUGUGA